UUUACAAUCAAUUCUUCUUAAUCUUUUUCUCUUAUUCUCUAUUCUCUCUAUUAUUGUUCAUCCUUUUCUCUUCUUCAAGGUACAACUUAAACCAAUUUAAUAGUAAUAUCUAACAAAUGGAUUCACAAGUUUGUGAAACUUUAGCUUAUGAUGUAGAAAUCAAGGGUGAUAAUCUUCUCAUGUCACUAAUGGAAGAGUUACCAUGUGAUGAAAAUGAUGAUGAAAGAUUAGAUAUCUUGAUAAGAUCUUUUGAGGCUGAAAUUAGUGAAAGCAAGAUGGGUGAUCAUGAUGAUUUAACAAGUAUAGAAUCAUUACAAAUGAAGAGAAAUUUUGAAGAAAAUUACAAUGAAUCAUGGAACAUAGGACAAGUGGGUGAAGAGCAUGAGUUUGGGGUUGAAUGGGUUGAUAUGGAUUUGAUACCAUCCUUCCAAUUUGAUGAUGGAGGUUGGGAGUGUUUUGGAGAUGAGAAAGAUGUGAUGGUUGAUCAUUUAAUGGUUUGUGAUUAUGGGUUUGAGUUUGAUAGGGAAGAACAUGCUUACAAUUCAUUUUGGCAAGAGAAUUAUGAGAUGGAUUUGGUUCAUUAGUUUGUCAAAUUGCUUGGGUAUAUAGAAUAUACUCAUGUUUUGUAAUAAAUUCCCAAUCCUUUUUUUUUUUAAUGUAUAAUUGGGUUGAGAUUAUAUGCAAAAAAGAGUUUAUGAAUUUGAAAAUCUAAAUAUGAUUUUUUUUUUAAA